AUCAGUUUAAUGAAGCAUAUUUUGACAAGCCAUUUGAUUAACUGCGUUUGUGUUCUUUGAAAGAGUUGGUUAAGGACGCAAGUGUUUAUCACAUUCAUUAUGAAGAAAGUCGCGCGUAUGCGUCUUAAUCCAGAUGACAAUGGAAAUAUUAACCAUGGUAUGGAGCAAGUUGGUGUACGAACAACUGGGCGUAUAAAGAAACCGAAAGCAGUCUUUGAUCCAUCGGAUAACUAUUUGCCCCGCUCCCAGCGCGUUAUUUCAUCAAAUUCGCUUUCUAUUUCUAUUGCAUCUCAGUCUUCAGAACGUAACAAACCGUUCACACCACAACCAGUAAGCCGACGUCGCUAUUCAACAUUAUCCGAUAUAACAAUGGUCACAACACCAAGUGUAAAUAGCGAAGAACAAGCAUAUCCGUGUUAUAUUUGUACAAAAAAGGAGUUUAAGCGCAGUCAAAACUAUAAAAAAAUGGUGUCAUGUUUGUUGUGCGAUAAAAAGGUUCAUAAAUUAUGCUUAAAAAUGGAAUUUGAAGACUUUGAUGUUGUUAGGAAAAAAUUUAAGUGUGAAACAUGCCGUACAUGUGAGAUCUGCGACAACCUCUCAGGGCGCGCAAGUACCAGCAGCACAUCGAAUGAUGAUAUUAUGACAUGUGCCAAAUGUGUCAAAUCAUUUCAUUCUUUGUGCCAUGUACCUAAUGUACGUUCCUUCGAGAAGUCUAAAACAAACUGGAGAUGCAAGAAAUGCGCGGUACCACUUAUUGGUGAAAAUUUGCUAAGUAACGCAAAUAUUAAAGAUAUUAUUGGCAGUGAACCAAAAAUAUUAGCUGAACAAAAACCUGUAAAACCAGCACCACCAGCUAAUGUCGAAUCAUGUGUAAAAUCCAUUAAAAAUAAUACUGGUGAAGAUAAGAAGCCUAUUAUUCAUAAUGGUGUUAAGGUACAUUCAGAAGCAAUUGUCAAAAAUGAGAAAUCUAAUGGUGACAAGCCCAUAAAACCUGAAGAAAAUAUUAAAUAUAACGCAAAUGAUGUGUUGGAUCUUCCAAAUGUAAAAGGAUGGACUGUCGAGCAAGUAGCAGAUUAUUUAACAAAGUAUUUUCCAAAGGAAGCAUCUGUAUUUCGAGAUCAUGAAAUCGAUGGAGCGUCACUUUUAUUACUAAAAAGAAGUGAUGUUAUCAAAAAAUUGCCUUUAAAGUUGGGACCAUCGUUGAGAAUUUACAGUUUAAUUUUGAAACUGCAAACAAAACAGAAUGAUCCCACCUUAGGGUGGAAAUGUUAAUUUUAAAAACGUAUAAGUGUACGAAAAAAUUUCUUUAUUAAAUAUGAUUACAUAUUACAAAAUGUUCAUUUUUACAAAUAAUAAAAUAUAUUUU